CUGUAAAGUUUUUAGAUUUUUUCUUUAAUAUUUAAACCAAAAAAAAAGGUAAGCGAAAUGUUUUAAAUUUUCGCGACCGUCUGGCAGCCUUGUGUGCGGCCACACCGGAAUUAAGUUAUAUUACUUACUCGCCAAAUUUCUAUUAUAUUUGUGUAACGGACGAGGGGAACACAGUCGUGCCUGCUAAUCGCGGCGGGGAAUUAUGAAAUACACGGCAGAUACAUUUACGUAGCGGCUUCUUAGGGCCACAGAUUCCGCAGCAGGCGGCACAACAGUUUCUAGUCAACUACUGUCCUCGAGUCAAUCCCGUGAUUACAUGGCCACCUCCGAUUUUGUGCUGGGAGGACUGGCCUCUGUGGGCGCCACCUUCUUCACCAAUCCCAUCGAGGUGAUCAAGACCCGGAUCCAGCUGCAGGGGGAGUUGGCGGCCCGGGGCACCUACGUUGAACCCUACAAGGGCAUCGUGCAUGCCUUCGUCACGGUGGCCAAAAACGAUGGCAUUCUGGGCCUCCAAAAGGGUCUGGCUCCCGCGCUGUACUUCCAGUUCAUCAUCAAUUCCUUCCGACUCAGCAUUUAUUCGGAGGCAAUGGAGCGCAAGUGGAUGCACAACCGAAAAGGCGAGGUGUCCUACGGAAUGGGUCUGAUGUGGGGCGCCAUCGGCGGCGUCGUGGGCUCCUACUGCUCCAGUCCAUUUUUCCUGAUCAAAACGCAGUUGCAAUCGCAAGCCGCCAAGCAAAUUGCAGUGGGCUACCAGCAUGCCCACACUUCCAUGAGCGAUGCCCUGCGACAGAUCUACGCGAAAAAUGGAGUGCGAGGACUCUGGCGAGGAUCGGUGGCUGCGCUGCCCAGAGCAGCCCUAGGAUCGGGUGCCCAGAUAGCCACCUUUGGCAAGACCAAAGCACUGCUGGUGGAGUACGAUCUGGUGACCGAACCCACGUUAAACUCAUUCACGGCCGGCUUGAUAGCGGGCUCCAUUAUGUCGGUGGCCAUAACGCCGCCGGAUGUGAUCACCACCCGUCUGUACAACCAGGGCGUGGACGCCGAGGGACGUGGUCUGCUCUAUCGCGGUUGGCUGGACUGCUUCGUCAAGAUCCUGCGCUCCGAGGGAGUCUACGGUAUGUACAAGGGCUUCUGGGCCAACUACCUGCGCAUUGCCCCCCACUCAACGUUGGUGCUGCUCUUCUUUGACGAGCUGAUCGCCCUGCGCACAAAGUAUAGUCGUCAAUGAUCCCAAAGAUCAGUAGAUAGGUAGCAUUACUUUAAGUACAAAAUUGUUCAACUCGUUUGUAAUAUCCAUAUAUAUUGUUUACUUUGUUAAGCCAAGUUAAGACAGGCAAAAU